AUGGGAUUGCUCAUCACUGUAAGAACUGGUACCCAACUCUUUCCCUAUCUUUUCCUAGAAUCAGCACCAAGGAUGGAAAGACCUCAGUCAUGCUCUGUUUUCUUCAUUCUGACACUAUUGGCUUUGGUGAGCCGUGACUUGACCAGCUGGGCAUGGACUGCCCCUGAUUGCAUUAUAGCGGAUGGCAUGCUAUUUCCUAACCUUUCCUACUAUAUUCAGUUCUGUACAUUAGCCCCAGGAUUGCACCUUUUGGCAUCUUGCUCGAAUGUUAAGGACAUGACUCAGACACUGGAAAGAGUGCCAAGAGAUACAGAGGUGCUUUGCCUUCAGGGAAUGGUUUCUACUCUGCCAGCUAAUGCCUUUGAUCGCUUCCACUCCCUCCAGCUUCUGAGACUGCAGUUGGGUACAAUCAAUAUUACUUCUAGGACUUUUCAAGGACUGGACCAGCUACAGUAUCUUUUUUUUGAGCAUCAUGCUCCCUGUUGCCUGAGUCUAUUCCUCCCUCCAAAUUGUUUAGAGACUCUCAGAUCCCUCCGUCAUCUUUCCUUUCAAGGCUACUGCCUGAACUAUAGCCAGAGCAUCUACUUGCCAACCAGCCUUAGGCGUCUAGCUCUAAGGAACAGCUGUCUGACAAAGUUGCAGGAACUGCAAAGGCUCUUCCCAAGACUUUCGCUUGGUUCCUCUCCUACACCCACUACCAAGCUAGGGGUGCCCUUCCUAGAGGUGCUAGAUUUAUCUUACAACCUUCAGUUGAAACAGGCUGGUGGCAGAGCCUUGUAUGGCCUCAAACUCCAUUCCCUAAUAUUGGAUGGUACCACACUAAGAACAUUUGACCUCACAGGCUCAGGACUGCUCCACUUGGAGUUACUCUCCCUUGUGGGUAUAGGUAUAGAAAAAUUGCCUGGGAGUGCCACGGCCUACUCUGAGCUUCAUGCACUUGACCUUGGGAAGAAUCAAAUACAAAACAUCUUGGAAAAUGGAGAUAUCCCAAGUUAUAAAGCUCUGGAAUUCCUUAGCCUUCAUGAUAACUAUUUGCAGUCACUUCCCAUCAGGUUCCUCAGUACUCUACCCCAACUUCAGAGGCUCAACCUGUCUAUGAAUAAGUUGGGCCCAGACUUGGAGUUUCCAGAAGGAGUAUUGAGCACCAAUUUAAGAGUGCUGGAUCUGUCCCACAAUCAGCUAUGUGAAGUACCCCGGGGGGCCUUUCCUCCACAGCUCCAGGAGCUCUGGCUGAGUGGUAAUAACAUCUCUAGUUUAUCUAAUGAGAGCCUGCAAGGACUGAGGUGGCUGAGGACUCUAGACUUGAGUUGGAACCAAAUUAAAGUACUCAAACCAGGCUGGCUCUCUCAUCUUCCUGCUCUGGCCACCUUGAACCUUCUGGGCACCUACUUAGAACAUAUCUCAGGCACACAGCUUCAGGGUCCCCAGAUGCUGAGACAUCUAAAACUGGGUUCUGUUACAGCACUGGACAUCUAUCCUCCCUGGUUUCCAAUGCUGCUCAGCUUAGAAAUACAAGCAAAAUUAUGCAUUCAGUUUAUGUUUCUCAGUGGAGAGCCAUUCUCACUCUUGGAGAACCUUACUUUAGAGACUUCCAGUGUGUUACGGCAACCAGAAACAACCACAAUCCAUUUUCCUUCCCUGCGUCGCCUCACCUUGCUUGGAUACAGCCUCCUGUUCUCAACCAGUCAACUUCGUAGCUUCUUCCCACAAAGGCUUCCUGUGCUGGAGCACUUCUCUAUCUGGUGUGAAAACGACAACGCAGUAGACCUCCAUCUAUUCGAGAUGCCCAGGUUGCAGGUGCUCGAGCUGGGGUACCUUAAUUUUUUCUAUGAGUCAAGUACUAAGAAGCUAGAGAUGCUCCUGCAGGAGGCGCCUGAGUUACAGGUACUGGCACUGAGCCACCUGAAUCUCAGAAACCUCUCUGUGUCCAGCUUUAAGAGCUUGCACCACCUCAAACUGCUGCUGCUCAACUCUGAGCUCGCACUGGAGAUGGACAGCAGCCUUCAGGAGUUGAUUCCUCAGAUGCCUCCGUAUGUUUAUUUCUCAGAUGUCACCUUCACCUGCCAUUGUGAAGCUUCCUGGGUGGAGUCUUGGGCUACACAGGCCCCAAACACUUUUGUUUAUGGACUGGAGAAAUCCAUCUGCAUGGCCAAUGCUUCUGACUACUCCAACACUCUACUGUUCUCCUUCCUUGCUGCUCAUUGCCCACAUGGCGCUGAGUUUGGGGGCUUUCUCACCAGUUUCACUCUGGUACUUCUGCUGACCAUCCUUCCUCUGGUUAGCUGCCGUAGAUGGUCUUGGCUUCAAUCCCUGCAGACACUCUUUCAUGCUUGUUGGUGGAAAUUAUGUGGACAUAAACUCAGAGGCCAAUUCAACUAUGAUGUCUUUCUAUCCUAUUGUGAGAAGGACCAGGCCUGGGUGCUAGAAGAAUUGGUUCCUGCUUUGGAGAGACCCCUUCCUGAAGGUGAGGGCUUGAGGUUGUGUCUGCCUGCCAGGGACUUUGUGAUUGGAAAUGACAGGAUGGAAUCCAUGAUUGCCAGCGUUCGCCAAAGCAGAUCCACCCUCUGUGUGCUCACGGGUCAGGCCUUAGCAAGUCCCUGGUGCAAUCUCGAGUUAAGACUGGCUACUUACCACUUGGUGGCCAGGCCCGGGACAGCUCGACUCCUGCUGCUGUUUCUGGAGCCCAUUGAUAGGCAGACGCUACCUGGCUACCACCGCCUCUCCCGAUGGCUCCAAAAGGAGGACUAUUUUGAUUUGUCCCAAGGGAAGGUAGAGUGGGACAUGUUCUGUGAGCAACUAAAGAGAAGGCUCAGGAAAGCUGGACAAGAAAGAGACGAUCAAGGACUGUAA